AUGGCUUCGUUCGGAAAGAUCUACUCGUAUCCUAAUAACCCCCGGGUUAUGAAGAUCCAAGCCGCCGGCAACCUCAACUCCCUCAACAUCACCGUCGACCCAAAUUUCCAAAUGGGCGUGACGAACCGCAGCCCCGAAUUCCUGGCCAAGUUCCCCAUGGGCAAAGCACCCGCGUUCGAAGGCACCGACGGCACCCUGCUCUUCGAGUCCGACGCCAUCGCGCAGUACGUCGCCGAGAGCGGCCCCGCCAAGGACCAGCUGCUGGGCGCGUCGGCGGUGGAGCGCGCGCACAUCCGGCAGUGGAGCUGCUUCGGGGAGGGUGACGGCAUGGGCGCCGUGGUGCCGUUUGCGCUGUGGCAUAUGAAGCUGGCGCAGUAUAGUGCGGAGGAGUUGGAGGCCCAAUUGGCCAAGGUGGAGAGGGUGGUGGGUGCCGUUGAGGCGCAUUUGAAGGCUGGGGAUAGGAAGUGGUUGGCUACGGAGGAGAAGUUGAGUUUGGCGGAUAUUAGUGUCGCGGCGGCGCUGAACUGGGCGUUUGGGCUUCUCUUGGAUGAGGAGCUGAGGGCGAAGUAUCCUGCUGUGGUGGCGUGGUAUGAGAGGACCAUUGAGAGUGAGGGUGUGAAGCAGGCGUUUGGCGAGAAGAAGUUCAUUGACAAGAGACCUGCUUUUCAGUGA